GCCCUGCAGCCCACCCAUGGCUGAGGGGAACGCGGUGGGUCUGCGUCAGGUGCAGUGUGUGGGGCAGGAGCUGGACUUGGAGCACUGCGAGCUGCAGCCAGGUGACGCUGCGUCCUGUCCAUCCAACCGUGUGGCUGCUGUCAACUGCGAGGAGCCCUUCAAGCUGCGGCUGGCUGGCGGGCCCAGGCGUUGCGCGGGGCGGCUGGAGGUGCAGCGAGCCGGGCGCUGGGGCACGGUGUGUGAUGAUGGAUGGAGCAGGGCCAACGCGGCUGUGGUGUGCCGGGAGCUGGGCUGCGGCGAGGCGCAGGGCGUGGAUGGGGAGCAGCCACGUUUCGGGUCCGGUGUUGGGCACAUCUGGCUGGAUGACGUCCGAUGCCGAGGGCAGGAGAAGAGCCUGCAGGACUGUGCACACCGUGUGUGGGGAUAUCAUGACUGCACCCAUCGCGAGGACGUUGGAGUUGUAUGCCAGGAUCCCUGAGCAUCAUGGCGCUGGCCCCAGUAGUGUCAGGAACUGCAUCUGGCCUUCCUGCAGCAUCUGUGUAAGGAACCCAAACAGGACCCAAACCCAAGCAGGACUGCAAAUCAAACAAAUCCUGAGUGCAAACAGGAUCCAAAGCCAAACAGAA